ACUCGCAGUGCACAUGCGUGCUCCAUCCUGGCUGUGUCGUGCUAUUUUGACCAAUGGCUGAAACCAACAGAGAAUUCUUAGAUUGUGGCAAGGGAUGUGGCUGCAUUUCUUUGAGACAUUUGGAGUGAAUGAAGCCCAACGCAGAUCUGCGUAGCACAUUGUGAUAUGAUAGCAGCCCUUACAGAACCUUGAUUUCUUCAUCCCGAGAAAGCAGAUAGCAUGCUACGUCUGCAAAAUUCUUGGACCUCUCUGUCCAUUACACUGCUAACAUUUCUGAUUUUGAAACCAUCAAAAUCAAACUGUUUAGCUGACUUCAAGCCAAAUAUUGUUCUAUUACUAGCAGAUGAUCUUGGUAUUGGAGACAUAGGCUGCUAUGGUAACAAUACAAUAAGGACACCAAAUAUUGACAGUCUUGCAAAUGAAGGGGUGAAACUUACUCAGCACAUAGCAGCAGCUUCUGUUUGUACCCCCAGUAGAGCUGCUUUCUUAACUGGAAGAUACCCUAUUCGAUCAGGCAUGGCUUCCUAUAAUGGCCUUCCUGUUCUUCAAUGGACUGGGGUAUCUGGAGGGCUCCCUUCCAAUGAAACAACUUUUGCAAAGAUACUACAAAAAGAAGGCUAUGCUACUGGACUAAUAGGAAAAUGGCACCUGGGACUCAAUUGCAAAUCCAGAACUGACCACUGUCAUCAUCCAUUGAACCAUGGUUUUGACUUUUUUUAUGGAAUGCCAUUUUCCUUAAUGGGUGAUUGUGAAUAUUCAGCACUAUCUGAGAAGCGUGCAAAACUUGAGAUGAGACUUUACUUUUCAAUUCAGAUCAUAGUCCUGGCUAUAUUCACAUUUACCAUUGGUAGGUUCACUGGCAUAUUGCCAGUUCCAUGGAAGAUAACCAUAGUCAUUGCCAUCAUUGGUUUCCUACUUUUCCUGACACGGCACUUCCUUUUUAUCUUGAUUAAGUAUGGGGACUGUUUUCUGAUGCAAAACCACACUAUUACUGAACAACCCAUGAUCUUCAAAAGAACUACCUCCCUUAUACUGAAAGAAGCAGUUUCAUUUAUUGAAAGGAACAAGCAUGGGCCUUUCCUCCUCAUUAUUUCCUUCUUACAUGUACACACACCACUUGUUACUACAGAGAAGUUUCUUCAAAGUAGCAAUCAUGGAUUAUAUGGGGAUAAUGUAGAGGAGAUGGACUGGAUGGUGGGUGAAGUCCUUGAGACUUUGGACAAUGAAGGUCUGACCAAAAGUACGCUGGUUUAUUUUACUUCUGACAAUGGUGGGUCUUUAGAGUCCCAAAUAGGAAGUGAACAGCAUGGUGGCUGGAAUGGAAUAUAUAAAGGAGGCAAAGGCAUGGGAGGCUGGGAUGGUGGCAUUCGGGUCCCAGGGAUAUUGCGGUGGCCUGGAGUCUUACCAGCAGGUCUUGUGAUUGAUGAACCUACAAGCCUGAUGGAUAUCUACCCAACAGUGACACAUUUGGGAGGGGGUGAAGUGCCCCAAGAUAGAGUGAUUGACGGCCGAGACCUGAUGCCUCUACUUCAGGGAGAAGUUCAUCAAUCACAUCAUGAGUUCAUGUUUCAUUAUUGUGAAGCAUAUUUGCAUGCAGUUCGGUGGCAUGAAAAUGACAGUGGUACAGUGUGGAAAGUACAUUAUGUGACCCCAGUAUUCCACCCAGAGGGUUCAGGUGCCUGCUACGGAAGAGGAGUUUGCCCAUGUUUUGGAAAGGGUGUAACUCAACAUGACCCACCUUUACUGUUUGAUCUCUCAAGGGAUCCUUCUGAAGCUAACCCCCUUUCACCUGAUACUGAGCCCCUAUUUGGUUCAAUAAUUGAAAGAGUAGAACAUGCUGUAAAAGAACAUUGGGCUACACUAACUCCAGUUCCACAGCAGCUCAGCACUUUUAAUAACAUCUGGAAACCAUGGCUUCAGCCAUGUUGUGGCACAUUCCCAUUAUGUUGGUGUGAUUGGGAAGAUGACCACAAAUAAGAGAAUGUUGGGAUUGUAUAGGUGAUGAAAGUUCCGUAUCUUCACUUAAUGUUCAUAUGGUGAACCAUUGUAAAAUUGUCAAUGUAGCAUGUGUUAUUCAAAAUAAAAUGUAGUGGGUUAAUAGGUCCACUAACUAAAUUCUUAGUACUAUAAAACUCGCAAUAUCACAAAGCACUAAAUCCCUUAGGAUUUAUGAAUAACGUAUAAGCAAACAAACAAAUGAAAAUAAACAACUUAUCUUUGAAGGCUAGACCAGGAUCAAUAUAAGUCUCAAGGAGAGAGUCCAAGAUGUGGGGCUCUAUGAAUCUCGCCUGACCCUAGUCUUUAGACUAUUGAGUUUCUCAAUGUAUUCCCAAAAAAGGUCAGUGUUUAUAAUAGUCCACAUUCUCUGUUGAUUAACCCCAAUUUAUCUUGUGUUUAUCUUAUUUGUACAUAAUUGUUUUCCUGUUAUUUCCUGUGAGCAACUUGAGAGCAAGGCCAGGCUCUUUUUUUUUUUUUUGUAUCCUCAGAGCUUAGCAAAGUGCCUGGCACAUAGUUUUCAUUUAAUAAAUUCUUGCUGACUGACUGUGUCCUAAAACAUAGUGUAAUGUAAAAUUAAGCCCUCAUGGCAAUUGCCAAAUAAAACCAACCAGCUAAAGGAACUUCAGGGUUGUAGACGACUGGUUACAACCUAAAAUGUUCUCCAUAAUUUCUGUAACUUCCACUUUACAAUACACAUGGAUGGGCAAAAUAAAAUCUCCUAAAUCCUUCCAAAACCCUAUCUUAAAAGUGUUAAAGUAGGAAUAAAUUAAAGUGUGACAUUUAUUAA